AAGGUGUACGUCAUUAGCGUGAGACCAUUUUCACCAAACACACAGCAGUGACUUCCGCGAUCGAUGCUGGCAAAAACAAACCGGAGAACCGACAUAGCCGAGAAAUACAACGCUUCCUCGUCAAACCCCCGGCCAGUUAUGGUAUGGAGAGGCCGACUAGAGUGAAUGAAUUCUGGGGACAGAGCGAGACAGAUAGGACCAGCGCGCGCGGGAGGACGCACCUGUGGACAGGUGUCUGACGGAACCGGCCGGAGUCCGCUGGCCCGGCUGCGCUCGUUCAUUCGAACCCUCCGCCGGCUCCCGGUGUCCCUGCUGAGAGCUCUCCUCCUGCUCCUCCUGUGUCUGAUCCGCCCGAUCCGCCGAGCCAUGGCGGCCAGGGCCAAAGAUCGCGGGUCCGAGGGCUGCGAGGAAACCGGAGAGCUGAUCCGAAACUACCACAAACAAGCGUUCGAGUUCAUUUCUGUGGCUCUGCAGAUCGAUGAGGAUGAGAAAGGUGAUAAGGAGCAGGCGGUGCAGUGGUACAGGAAAGGCAUCGCUGAGCUGGAGAAAGGCAUCCGUAUCCAGGUCACUGGAGCUGGGGAGAAGGCAGACAGAGCCAGAAAGCUUCAGAACAAAAUGACCAACAACCUCACCAUGGCCAAAGACCGGCUGGAGCUUCUGGGCAAACUGCUUUCAAAGUCCCCAGCAGAGGGCUGCUCUGAUCACACUGGCCUGUCUUUCUCCAAUGGGAACCUGCGUCCAGUUGUAGGCAGUGGAGCAGUUUCCAAAAAGAAGGACACUCUCACAAUCACAAAUCAAUCCCAUGUGCGACCCAAAAACCCACCCAAAUCUUCUCCUGCGGCUGCCCUGCGCCGUACACCUUCAACUGGUCACAGUGGCAGGACUGGCCUUCAGAACAACCUGAAGGGGCCCCCGGCAAGAGCCGGUAACAGACAUAGCGCCAGCAACACUGCCACUGCGUCACCUCAGAGGAAAAGAGACAUGAAGAACUUGAAAAAUGUGGACAGCAAACUGGCCAACCUCAUCCUCAAUGAGAUCAAAGACAGCGGGUCUGAGGUGCGGUUUGAUGACAUAGCAGGGCAGGAAUUGGCAAAACAGGCACUGCAGGAAAUCGUUAUUCUGCCUGCUCUACGUCCAGAGCUGUUUACUGGUCUCAGGGCUCCUGCUAGAGGACUCCUGCUCUUCGGCCCACCUGGAAAUGGAAAGACUAUGCUGGCGAAAGCGGUUGCAAUGGAAUCUAACGCUACUUUUUUCAACAUCAGUGCUGCCAGUCUCACCUCCAAAUAUGUGGGAGAGGGCGAGAAACUGGUUCGGGCUUUGUUUGCGGUUGCUAGGGAACUGCAGCCGUCAAUCAUCUUCAUCGAUGAGAUUGACAGUCUGCUGUGUGAGAGGAGAGAGGGCGAGCAUGACGCCAGCAGAAGACUCAAAACAGAGUUCCUCAUCGAGUUUGAUGGAGUGCAGUCAGGAGGAGAUGACCGAGUGUUAGUGAUGGGAGCCACUAACAGGCCUCAGGAGCUUGAUGAGGCAGUUCUUAGGCGAUUCGCUAAACGCAUUUAUGUGGCUUUACCUACAGAGGAGACUCGUCUGAAGCUGCUCAAGAACCUCCUCAGCAAACACAGAAACACUUUAUCUCAGAAAGAGCUGAGUCAGUUAGCCAGGAUGACGGAGGAUUACUCUGGUAGUGAUCUGACCUCACUGGCAAAAGACGCUGCUCUUGGUCCUAUACGAGAACUGAGGCCUGACCAAGUGAGGAACAUGCCAGCCGAUAAGAUGAGGGACAUCUGUUUCUCAGAUUUUGUGGAUUCGCUCAAGAGGAUAAAGCGGAGCGUCAGUCCUCAAACGCUGGAUCAGUACGUCCGCUGGAACAGACAGUACGGAGACACAACAGCCGUAUGACACCGACACGCAAGGAGGAAGUCAAAGGUUUUUUUACUAAAGAUGUGGAAUUUGUAUAAUUUUGUCUUUUCUACGACUUUGCUUUUGCUUCUGAUCUGGAGACGGAGUCGUUUGGAGCUCAUGCUGAAUUACACCAGAGCUGGAGACCAUGUGGAUGGCAAAGCAUGACAAAACAUUUUCAUUUUUUACUAAACCAAGAAACAUUUUCCUCGAAUUCUUCCCCUUGAUUGGUGUGUGAAUGAUUAAACACUUGGCAUCUGUGGUGUUCCAGAUGCAUUUGUUCCUCGAUUUGUUUUUGAUUCAUGUAUCCAGAUCAAUCGAAUCCUCAAAUGGCAAUAUGAUGUGCUGAAGUCAAUCACAUAGCAUCUAAUGAACGAUUAAAGAAUGUAUUGUUUGAUCUCAUGAUUAGAAGCCGUUCAGACUGCAUGUGUAUUUGGAUUGACCAGCACUCCUUAUGUGUUUUCCAUUUGCAGGCACUAGUGGGCAUCAGUUGAGACUGUAUGUGAUUGUCUUCCUAAAUGUCUUCUGCUAGAACUAAAGUUAUGAUAUUGCUUUAUGUACAAAUGCU